UUACGACACUCACAGCUCGUGCAGCUACAUAUUAAUCAGUCAAUAUGGCUACAGCACAGAUGUUGGAGGCACAUGAUGAUACGAAAAUUAUAGAUAAUUCGAAGAAACCGGAAAGAAUUUUAUUGUUUAGCGGCAAAAGGAAAUCCGGAAAGGAUCAUAUUACUGAUAUUUUAUAUCGCAGAAUUGGUUCACAAAGGAGCACGAUUAUACGUUUGUCAGGACCUAUAAAAACGCACUGGGCAAAAUCUUUAGGCCUUGAUAUCGUUCAAUUACUGGGACAUGGAGAAUAUAAGGAAAAGUAUCGACUUGAAAUGGUUAAGUGGGGCGAGGACAUGAGAAGGAAGGACUAUGGCUACUUCUGUCGUGCUGCUAUUGACAUGUAUAACGCGUGGGACAGGCCGAUAUGGAUAAUAAGUGAUGUCAGAAGGAAAACUGAUAUCAAAUGGUUCAUUGAAAACUUUGGGGAUGCGUGCAGGACUGUACAUAUAGUCUGUCCUGAGGAAGUCAGACAGAAACGUGGUUGGGUCUAUACACCAGGUAUAGACGAUUCAGAAACGGAAUGUGACUUGGACGACGUGACUAACUGGGACAUCAUGCUGGAAAAUGAUGAUACCAACGAUAUAGAAGUUAUAUUACAACAACUGUUAAGUCUAAUUAGAUAGCAAGAAUUUUUUCAUUUUAUCGAAUACACAAUAAAUAACAUUCCA